AUGGGAAAGGCAUCGAAAGAUAAACGCGACGCCUAUUAUCGGCUAGCCAAAGAACAGAACUGGCGAGCACGUUCGGCUUUUAAGUUAAUCCAGAUCGACGAGCAAUUCGACCUCUUUGCUCAUGCAGACCCGGAUAGCGUCACGCGCGUGCUUGAUCUUUGUGCUGCUCCUGGGAGUUGGAGCCAGGUUCUAAGUCGCGUGCUGAUCAAAGGAGAAAGCUUUGGACGCAGGGCAUGGCUAGAAAAACGUCGUCGCGACAAGCAGGCUCUGGAACGACUCGAACGGAAGGAAGAGGAACAGCAAGGCAAUAUUGAAGGGAAACCAUCUCAAGACGACGAUGAAGCAGAGGAAGACGAAUCUGCAGUACUAAAACCACGAAAAAAUGUUAAAAUCGUUGCAAUCGACCUUCAGCCCAUGGCGCCAUUGGAAGGUAUCACUAUGAUGAAGGCAGACAUAACCCAUCCAUCUACAAUCCCUCUGCUCCUGCGUGCUUUAGACCCGGAAGAUUACGACGAGAAUUUUCAGAAGCAGGAGGACGAUACAGAAGCUCCCUCCAGACUCCCAUCACGGCACCCGCAUCCAGUGGAUUUGGUGAUCUCAGAUGGAGCGCCGGAUGUCACGGGUCUUCACGAUCUAGACAUCUAUAUCCAAUCCCAAUUACUAUACGCAGCUUUAAAUCUAGCCAUCGGGGUUCUCCGUCCAGGUGGUAAAUUCGUGGCCAAAAUAUUCCGCGGCCGCGAUGUUGACCUCCUCUAUGCGCAAUUGCGGACUGUGUUUGAGAAAGUUUCUGUUGCUAAGCCGCGCAGUAGCCGAGCAAGCAGUCUAGAGGCAUUUGUUGUUUGUGAAGGUUUCAUGCCACCCAAGGACUUUGACUCUGCUCAUGCGCUUCACAAUCCCAUGUUUGGAGGCGCAGCUACCCCUCAGCCCAAUGAUGAUGGUACUGUUGGCUCUGAUAUUCUAGAAGAGGAUGGGAACGACGACGGGAAGAAUCAGCAAAUCCCACUUAUACGCCCUGUUUCAACGAUUACUAGCAAUGACACGCUACUUAAUACAAACGACUUGACCCGUACUCUGGCCCUCGAUCAACUUACUCUGUCUGAACAACUUUCGCAUCGUCGUCCACCGCACGAAUCUCGCUGGAUCCCGCCCUUUAUUGCUUGCGGGGACCUUUCUGCAUGGGACUCUGAUGCAUCGUAUUCUUUACCUGAAGGUUAUGUCAGUCUUGAUCCUGUUCAGCCUCCAACUGCUCCCCCAUAUAGGCGAGCUUUAGAGAUGAGGAAGGAACAAGGUGGAGCAUACGGAAAAACGAAGUUGGGAGCUACUGGCCGCGCAUAA